GAGCACACUCGGCAAAGUGGUUCUCCACUACGAAUCAAAUCUCAUCUAACGGAGCCGCCGGCCGCCGGCGCCGCCGCAGUCUGGCGGCUCAGCGGGCCCCGCCGCCGUCCAGCUCAAAAUGUCGGCCCCCAUUAUAUCACCUUCUUCCUCCGCUUUCCAACUCUUCCCGUUGUCAUUCUCAUCACCUUUCUUCUCUCUCCCUCCUUUCCCUUCUCCAACAAAACUAGGGCAUCGAUCCCUUCAUUUCUGGAUCGGCGAUGCUGAAUUGAUCGAUGGGAACUCCGGUGAACAUCGUUGUCGGUUCUCACGUGUGGACGGAGGACGCAGAGCUCGCAUGGAUCGAUGGAGAGGUUACAGAGAUCAAAGGCGGCGAUGCCACCAUCGUUACGAGGGAUGGAAGAAAAAUCGUCGCAAAUCUUUCACAUAUCUACCCAAAAGAUACAGAAGCACCUCCCGCUGGGGUUGACGACAUGACCAAAUUAGCUUACCUCCAUGAACCGGGAGUUCUGCAUAAUCUCGCUUGUCGCUUCGCUCUGAAUGAGAUAUACACAUACACAGGAAAUAUAUUGAUCGCUGUGAAUCCAUUUCGAAGGCUUCCUCAUCUUUAUGAUGUUCAUAUGAUGGAACAGUACAAAGGCGCGGCUUUUGGUGAACUGAGUCCGCAUCUUUUCGCAGUUGCAGAUGCUUGUUAUAGGGCAAUGAUAAAUGAACAUGGAAGCCAGUCCAUUCUUGUCAGUGGAGAGAGUGGAGCGGGAAAGACAGAGACAACUAAAAUGCUGAUGAGAUAUUUGGCCUUCAUGGGUGGGAGGUCAAGGACAGAAGGAAGAACUGUAGAACAGCAAGUCUUAGAGUCUAAUCCUGUACUGGAAGCAUUUGGGAAUUCCAAAACAGUGAAAAAUAACAAUUCUAGUCGUUUUGGUAAGUUUGUCGAGAUACAAUUCGACAAAUAUGGGAAGAUAUCUGGUGCAGCGGUUCGCACGUAUCUGCUCGAACGAUCUAGGGUUUGUCAGGUUUCAGAUCCUGAAAGGAACUACCACUGCUUCUACAUGCUCUGUGCAGCUCCACCAGAGGAUGUGAAAAAGUUCAAAGUUGGAAAUCCGCAAAAUUUUCGUUAUCUGAACCAAUCGAACUGUUACGAAGUAGCGAAUGUAGAUGAUGCAAGGGAAUAUCUGCUGACCAGGCAUGCCAUGGAUGUGGUGGGAAUUAACCAGGAAGAGCAGGAUGCAAUUUUUCGUGUGGUAGCCGCAAUUCUUCACCUAGGAAAUAUUGAGUUUGAGAAAGGAAAGGAGAUUGAUUCUUCAAGGUUGAAGGAUGAGAAGUCUAAAAACCACCUAAAAACAGCUGCAGAGCUACUUUUGUGCAAUGAGAAAGCACUUGAGGAAUCUUUGUGCAAACGUGUGAUAGUUACACCAGAUGGUAACAUAACAAAACCUCUCGACCCAGACUCCGCAGCCCUGAGCCGCGAUGCUUUGGCAAAGACAGUGUACUCAAGAUUAUUUGACUGGAUAGUAGACAAAAUCAAUAUUUCAAUUGGUCAGGAUCCUAAUGCAAAAAGCAUAAUUGGUGUUCUUGAUAUAUAUGGAUUUGAGAGCUUCAAGAUUAACAGUUUUGAGCAACUAUGCAUUAAUCUGACGAAUGAGAAGCUACAACAGCAUUUCAAUCAACAUGUAUUCAAGAUGGAGCAAGAAGAAUACACAAGGGAAGAGAUCAACUGGAGCUAUGUGGAGUUUGUUGAUAACCAAGAUGUGUUAGAUCUAAUAGAAAAGAAACCAGGAGGAAUAAUUGCACUUCUUGAUGAAGCAUGUAUGUUUCCCAAAUCAACCCAUGAGACAUUUGCUCAGAAGUUGUAUCAGACCUACAAAGCACAUAAGCGUUUCAGUAAGCCUAAACUCGCUAGAACUGCAUUCACAAUCAACCAUUAUGCUGGAGAUGUUAUCUACCAAGCAGAUUUGUUCCUGGAUAAAAAUAAAGACUAUGUGGUCGCUGAACAUCAGGCUCUGUUGAAUGACUCAGCGUGUCCCUUUGUUGCCAACCUUAUUCCUGCGUUGCCAGAAGAAAGUUCAAAACAAUCUAAGUUCUCCUCUAUUGGAACUCGCUUUAAGCAACAAUUGCAAUCACUCAUGGAGACUCUUAGCACCACAGAGCCGCAUUACAUCAGAUGUGUGAAGCCCAACACGGUCUUAAAGCCCGGCAUAUUUGAAAAUUUCAAUGUUCUGAAUCAACUUAGAUGUGGGGGUGUCUUGGAGGCAAUCAGAAUAAGCUGUGCUGGUUACCCAACCAAGAGGGCUUUUGAUGAGUUCAUCGAUCGUUUCGGAAUGCUCGCACCAGAUCUCAUUGAUAGCUCUGAUGAGAAGCAGGCAUGUGCGGCUAUUUGUGAUAGAAUGGGCUUGAAAGGCUAUCAGAUAGGGAAGAACAAGGUAUUCCUACGAGCCGGUCAGAUGGCGGAGCUCGAUGCCCGGAGAUUAGAAGUCUUGGCGAAUGCUGCAAGACUUCUACAAAGGCAGAUUAGAACCCACCUAGUCCGAAAGCAAUUCCUCAUUCUAAGGAAUGCCACAAUCGAGAUACAAAAACUAUGGCGAGGAUGGUUAGCAAGAAAGCUGUAUGAACAUAUGAGGAGAGUGGAUGCAUCGAUACGAAUACAAAAGUACUCAAGAGGUCAUGCAGCGAAAAUGGAUUAUACUAAACUGAGGUCGUCAUCGAUUGUCAUACAAACAGGCAUGCGCGCAAUGGCGGCACGAAGUGAAUACAGGCAUAGGAGAAGAAUGAAUGCCGCCAUUAUCAUUCAGACACAAUGGCGAUUAUAUAAAGCUCGUAAAGCUUAUUUAGAAGUGAAGAAAGGUAGUCUUAUCCUACAAUGUCUAUGGAGAGGACGCAUUGGUAGGAAGGAACUGCGGAAACUCCGGAUGGCGGCAAGAGAGACUGGAGCAUUAAAAGAAGCCAAGGAUAAGUUGGAGAAGAAAGUGGAAGAGCUCACAUGGAGAUUAGAUUUUGAGAAGCAUUUGAGGGUUGAUUUAGAAGAAGCCAAAGGGCAGGAGAUUGCAAAACUGCAAUUUUCUCUACAAGAAAUGCAAGAAAAACUCGAUGAAGCUAAUACGGCAAUCAUCAAGGAGAAAGAAGCAGCAAGAAUAGCUAUUGAAAACGCUCCGCCAGUAAUUAAAGAGGUUCCCGUGAUAGAUAAUGCAAAAUUAGAGAUUCUGACAAAUAGGAACAACGAACUGGAGGAUGAGCUAAGUGAAGUCAAAAUCAAGGCGGCGGAAUUUGAAAAGAGAUUCUGUGAGGUGCAGAAGCAGACUGAAACAUUGAUCAAAGAAACUGAAGAAUCCCAGAUUAAAAUAUAUCAGCUUCAAGAGAUGAUAGAGAGGCUUGAAACAAAUCUAUCCAGUCUGGAAUCUGAGAACCAUGUUCUGAGGCAACAGGCCCUGGUUGCUUCUGAAAAUGAGGAGCUGACAGAGGAAAUUAGAAGCCUUGAGAACAAGAUAGCAGAAUUGGAGUCGGAAAACCGGCUACUCCAAAGUAGGCCUGUACAAGUAGUACAAACAACAUCUGCAGUUGAAAUAUUACAUUCACAAGUUGCCCAGACUCUUGAGAAUGGUCAUCAGGAACCAAGAGAAGAACCAAUCAUAGAAAAUGUGCCAGUAGUGGUCCCUCUUGCUACUACCUUAAGCAAACAAAAGUCAUUGACAGAUAGGCAACAGGAAAACCAUGAUGCACUAAUUAGGUGUCUAAUGGAAGACAAAAGAUUUGACAAGAAGAGAUCAGCAGCGGCAUACAUAGUAUAUAAAUCACUGAUCCAGUGGCAUUCAUUUGAAGCAGAAAAAACAAAUAUAUUUGAUCGGAUUAUCCACACAAUAAGGUCAAAUGUCGAGAAUCAGGAAAGCAUUGGAGAACUUGCUUACUGGCUUUCAACUACCUCAACUCUUCUAUUUCUUCUACAAAAUACCCUAAAAUUAAGCAGUGCAUCAAAGUCCGGAGCGAAUCGUAGACAAAGCAGUUCAGUCAGCUUGUUUGGCCGAAUGGCAAGAAUUACCCGCUCGUCUUCCCCAGAAUUAGAGAUUUCCAGUGGCUACAGUGGAAUGGCCUGCAAAUCUGAUGGGCAGUCCCGAGUAGAUGCUAAAUACCCAGCCCUCUUGUUCAAGCAACAGCUCACUGCCUAUGUAGAGAAAAUAUAUGGAAAGAUCCGUGACAGAUUAAAGAAAGAUAUUAGUCCAUUUCUAACAAUGUGCAUUCAGGCACCAAGGUCUGCAAGAACUCGAUCCACGCGAGUAUCAUCAAAGAGUAUUCAUUCAAAUGUAGGGGCAAAACAAGCAUCAAGUAUACAUUGGCAAAGCAUUAUGAAGAGCUUGGAUCAUUUUCAAGCCAUUCUGCAUGAAAAUUAUGUGCAUUCCAUCAUAAUACAAAAAAUAUACAGCCAAGUGUUUGCAUUCAUAAAUGUGCAGCUUUUUAACAGUUUGCUUCUUCGUCGAGAAUGCUGCUCGUCCAGUAAUGGUGAAUUCUUGAAGGCUGGUCUAAAUGAAUUAGAGGAGUGGUGUUCCAAAGCCACACAAGAGUUUGCAGGAUCUUCACUGGACGAGCUCCAACACAUAAAACAGGCAGUAGGGUUUUUGGUUUUGCAUCAGAAGGCUCACAAAUCAUUGGAAGAAAUCACAAAUGAACUAUGUCCAGCAUUAAGUCUUCCUCAAAUAUAUCGCAUUGGUACAAUGUUUUGGGAUGAUAAAUACAGAACACAAGGUUUAUCUCAAGAUGUAAUUGGGAAGAUGAGGGCGAUGAUGACUGAUGAUUCCACAGACAUUCCUAACAGCUCUUUCUUGCUGGAUGAUGAUUCAAGCAUACCGUUUUCUCUGGACGACAUAUCCCGAUCGGGAAUCGACAUCAACCUCGCCGCCGACCUGGAACCGCCCCCUCUCCUCCGGCAAAACUCCGAGUUCCAUUUUCUUUCGCAACAGCUACCAAUUGAGUGAUUCUUUUUAUUUAUUUUUUAUUAUUAUUAUAGGAAGGGGCCAAAAUGUAAAAAAAAAAUUCUUUUUGUGGCU